AUGCCUCCGCCACCGGCCUCAUACCAUCGUGUCGCAGUGCCACCUAGAAGUUCAGCUGUGCCCAGCUCCGUCCCUCGAGAAUACCUCCUCCCAGCAUCGCUCUUCAAGUCGCCCGAGUACGCGCUCCAGCCGUUCAAGUUCCUUGGGGCACACAACGGCGCCUCCACGUUUCGCAUCGACCCGGCGUUUUUCGAAAAGUAUCCCGAGCUGUAUGAUGCCCAGGCAGACAUCACGGCCAAAGGCAAACACCUCAAGCCACUGGGACGGAGCCAGCCCGGCGCGGAGUUCUUCACCACCAACUUGACACUCGACAUGCUGCAAGGCUACGACGUCCCCCUGUCCUUUGUGUUUGGAAACCACUCCGCUCUCGGGGGUCCGCACUACUGUGCCCAGCUCUGGGUCAACAGGUGGCAGUUUGGAAAGUACAUCUCUCAAUCGCACCCAGCCUGA